AUGAAAAACAGAAGACAAAACCGUUGCUCCCGACGGAGAAGAAAGAGGCGAUAUCACCAGCUCACGGUCGGUGAAGAAGGAGCUGAGAUUCGAAUUGAUAAGAUCAACAAUACAUGUAGACGUACGAUGCUUGCAUUGUUGAAGGAUUUUCUUAAGGAUGAGUAUGAAGAAGUUUUGAAAGACUCUGUCUUCGGUCCGAUUCUAGCAAUUGUAGACAACAAACUCAUUUACUCAGGGAAGAUCAUUCACAGCUUUAUAUGCAAACAGCUCAAGGUUUCCGAGCUUCACGAGUUGUGGUUUGAGUUUGCAAACAGGCGCUAA